AAGAAAGGGUUAUGAAUCUAAGAUUUGCCAUUUGCGACCCUUCUCCUUUACUUUUACAAUUUUGACGAAAAUCUCGUCGAUCGAUUCCUCUUCGUCUUCCUCCAUAGAUUUCUCAUCAGGGCUCUGAUCACAUCCGUUUCUAUAUUCGAUUUCAGUAUCGCCAAACCGGCACUUCAGCCAUGGUCUGCGAGAAGUGUGAAAAGAAGCUAUCGAAGGUGAUAGUGCCGGACAAGUGGAAAGAAGGUGCAAGCAACACACAAGAAAGCGGUGGCCGUAAAAUUAACGAAAACAAGCUCCUCUCCAAGAAGAAAAGGUGGACUCCUUAUGGAAACACCAAGUGCAUAAUUUGUAAGCAGCAGGUACACCAGGAUGGGAAGUAUUGUCACACAUGUGCUUACAGCAAAGGGGUUUGUGCUAUGUGUGGGAAGCAAGUACUUGACACCAAGUUUUACAAACAGAGCAACGUGUAAUUAGUAGCCAGAAGUGAUAUUCAACUUGUAACUCAUCAAGGGUUAACAACAUGUACUUCAAUCCUGAUGUAAUUUUCAUCCCGGUAUCCAUCUAUAGUUAAUGACUUGAUAGUUCCUUCAAUUUCCUGAUCUGACUUGAAGUGUAAUUCAACCCAGAAUUAACAUUUGUUUGUUUAAUGGAAUUUAUGUAUUAUAAACUUCUACCUCCUUUCCUUGCUAAUGCAGUUACAACCUAAUCUUUCACCCAA